AUGGCUACUCUGCAUGUUCUGCUUGCUUGCAUCUUGGCCCUGCUCGUUUGUUCCGCAGCAGCAGCAGCAGAGAGCUAUAGUAAUAAAGUGCCAGCAGUGUUUGUGUUCGGAGACUCGUUGGUCGAUACAGGGAACAACAACUACGUCGCCACCAUCGCCAAAGGAAACUUCCUACCGUACGGCCGAGACUUCCCCGGUGGGAAAGCCACCGGCAGGUUCAGCAACGCCAAAGGAGUCGCCGACUACAUUGCUGAAGUGUUUGGAGUGAAACAACUUUUGCCACCAUAUUUGGAUCCAAGCUUGGACCUCCCAGAACUGCUUACUGGCGUGUGUUUUGCUUCUGCUGGUUCUGGUUACGACCCUCGAACACCACAGAAAAUGAACGCAAUACCAAUGACAACUCAACUAAACAUGUUCAAAGAGUACAUAAAGAAGAUCAAUGCAAGCGUUGGCCCAGAUAGAACACAAGAAAUCAUUUCCCAGAGCGCAUACGUCAUCUUCAUGGGCAGCAAUGACCUCACCAACACGUACCCAACCGUCGACUACCGGUACACCGAGGAAUCCUACACCGAUCUCAUGAUCACCCUGGCUCUAGACUUCCACAAGAAACUAUAUGAAGUUGGAGCAAGAAGAAUUGGGUUGCUGGAGUUACCUCCGACGGGGUGUGCACCGGCGAUACGAUCCUCGCAGGGCGGAUUGAGGAGGGAGUGCUCGGAGAGCCUCAACAGGCGGAUUAGGCUGUUCAACUCCAAGUUGUCUCUCAUGGUUGAUCAGAUGAAUCAAGAGCUUCCAGGAACCAAAGCUGUGAAGUUCGAGUUUUACGAUCGUGUUGUUUCCCUCGCCGACAAUCCGGCUCCAUACGGGAUUGAAGAAGUGACAAGAGGGUGUUGUGGCACCGGGAACAUAGAGACAGGGGUGCUCUGUGUACUCCCAGGGACCUGCGCUGUUGCGGACAAGUACCUCUUCUUUGACAGCUUCCACCCGACUCAAGUUGCUGCACGAAUCCUGACCAAACAAGCCCUUUCUCCUUCCUAUUUAAGCAAACUCUUCUGA